UCCAUUUUUCCAAGCAGCUGAGAAGUUUUGGUUCACAACAAUGGCAAAGGAGACUGAGGAGCACCCACGUCUCAUCCUCCACAACUUUCUUUCUCCGGGCCUUUGCAAGGAACUGGAGUUCAUACACAAGAGCAAUUGCACGGUCGGAUACAGGCCAAAUGUGUUCUCCACAACUCUUUCUCAUCUAAUUGCUACUAAUUGUGCGCACCUGAUCAUGCCCUUUGUUCCCGUUAGAGAAAAGCUGAGGGAGACAGUGGAAGAGUAUUUUGGAUGCCAGUAUGAGUUGGUCAUCGAAUUCACUGGCCUCAUCAGCUGGACUAAAGGAGCAAAUAUUGGAUGGCACAGUGAUGAUAACAGGCUUUAUCUAAAACAAAGAGAUUUUGCGGCAGUGUGUUAUUUGAAUAGUUACAAUGAGGAUUUUAGAGGAGGACUCUUUCACUUCCAGGAUGGGGAACCAUCCACAAUUGAGCCCAUGGCUGGAGAUGCUGUGAUGUACACAGCAGACAACAGAAACAUACAUUCUGUUGAUGAGAUAAUUGAAGGAGAAAGGAUCACCCUUACCCUGUGGUUCAGUCGGGAUGCAUCUCAUGAUGAGGAUGCAAAACUGAUUUCAUUUCUGUCACAAAAUUCGCUCAACUCAUAUUUACCUCAGCCAGCAUCCAAUAACAUGUACUGGUUUCCUCCUGAUGAAGCUUUGAAGUUUCAAUCUGGAUUCGACAUACGUUGUGCAAGAUUGCAUAUGCUUGGAUUGGAUCUUUAUUCUCCUUAUGAGAAGAUAUGUCCUUCAGCAUUGAAUUCAUCAUACAACUUGCUAGAGUUGCUGAUGGGGUCAUUACAAAUAGCGAGGGGAGUUGAGUUGUUUGACAGGGAGUUUGUCAACGUAAUGCAUGUCCUUCAGGUGGUGCAGUUUUACUCUUGGAAGUGGUCGACUUUGAAGGCAACAGAAGUCAAAGAAGUCUCAAUGGACAUUAAACCACUCUCCCAAGCACAACAGGAGGAUAUUAAUUGUCUCAAAUCAGUGGUUCUGCAAGAUCUUCAACAGGCAGAGACCUUUAACAAAGACCUGAAUUGUGGAAAGAAAGUGCAAUAUCUAUUUGACUGGGGUAGUUUUUCUGCUGCUGUUGUUGAGUGGGAAGCUUAUUCUUGUAAUUUGCAUAAAGAAAUGGUUACGAGCUUUCCACUCUGGAGAAAGCAUGGAUCCAUCUUUUCUUGUCCUGUGGGUGAUUCUGCUGAAACACUCUGAAACGUUCAUUCUGUCAGUAAAAUUUUACACCAGUUGAUCUAGAGGCGACCGAUAAGGGAGCACAUGCCUAUGAAUAUGGGCUGCAUUCUGCCUUUAUGGUUGGCCUUGGUACUAGUUUGUGUUUUUAACAGGGUUAAACUUCCAGCAAGAAAAGGUCCCAUUGGACAGCAAGUUUUUGGACCUUGAAAUCUUUGCUAAAAUGGUCAUGUAUUAGUGAAUUUUCAGUUUCUUAUAAAGAAUAAAGAUAAAAAUGUAACUAUAAAUCAUAACAUGUAAACUUGAAUAUCAGGGGCUAUGCG